AUGGUAUCGUUUAGAUCAAAAGAAAGAAAAUUAAUCAUACUUUGUCUGGCUCUCAUUUUUGUACUUACUAGCUAUCAUUCUUUUGACAGCUAUUAUGUUUGUCAUGAGUUUGAAAAAAAUAUUUGGUCUCAAUUUAAAUGCUCUUCGAAUAAUUUUUAUCCUUGCAUUGCUAUACUUGUUGAAUUUCGUACAGUUAAUCAUAUUGUUUCUAUUGUUCACAAUGUUAAUAAUCAUAUUCCAUCAACAUGGCCAAUUCAAAUAUUUCAUGGAAAUGAUAAUGAAGGUUUUAUUAGAAAUUCAACUUUAGCACCAUUAAUUGCAUCAGGAAAAAUAUUUCUUACUUUAAUGAAAGAAGUUUAUGGAAAAAAUCGAACAAAUGAAUUAUUAACAGAUCGUAAAUUUUGGCAACAAGUUCGUGGUGAAAAAAUCCUUUUUUUUCAAAUCGAUUCAGUUAUAUGUUCAAAUUCUCCACAUAAAAUUACUGAUUUUCUUCAAUAUGAUUAUAUUGGUGCACCAUGGGAUCCAUCUUGGUAUCAUCAUAGCAAAGUCGAUCUAGUCGGUAAUGGUGGAUUUUCAUUACGAAGUCGCAGCAAGAUACUUGCUUUACUUGCACUUCUUCCAUAUGAUAAUAAAGUGCCAGAAGAUGUUUGGUAUGCAGACAAUUUACGUCUAGUAAAUGGAUCAAUUGCUUCAGUAAAUGUAGCUAAAACAUUUGCAGUUGACACAGUAUAUUAUGAAAGACCAUUAGGUAUACAUCGAUCUUUUACUACUUGUAAGAUUCGUCAACAAUUAUUUAAAACAUGUCCAGAAGCAAUGAUGAUAAUGCCAGAAACAUGUGUAUAA